ACACAGCUGCUGUUAACGCAGAGGCUUCGCAGUUCACCAUGCCUGCGCUGUCGCCGACCAUGACCUCGGGCGGAAUUGCCCACUGGGAGAAGAAGGAGGGUAAGUGUCGUUUUGAUCCACCGCGCUUGAGCAGAAACGGGUCCUGGCAAUCUGCCCGGCAGUCACAAAGCUCCCCAACAUGAAGGCGUGGUGCUUGUGGAAAUUAUCCAUACAGCUCGUGCGCUGCUUUGCGCCGUUGCAGGAUAGCAGGUGUCCCUUGUGCGCACAAUUUUUUCCACGAGAAAACGUGCCAGAACGUGCGCACUUACUCACAGGCUUUAUUGGUAUAUAGGCGAAUCUUUCUCGGCUGGCGAUCUCCUGCUGCAGAUCGAGACGGAUAAGGCGCAGAUGGACGUCGAGGCUCAGGACGAUGGAGUUCUGGUCAAGAUCCUGGCGCCGGAGGGCACACAGAACGUCAGCGUCAACCAGCCGAUUGCCAUUAUUGCCGAGGAGGGCGACGACAUCGGAAGCAUUGAUAUUGCUGCGCCUACAUCCGAGAACCACUCGACUGAUAACUCGGCCCAUGACCAGCUGUCACCGGCUGUUUCGUUUGCCAUCCACGCCAACCACAUCUCUAACGUUGCUGAUAUCCCUGGAUCUGGACCCAAGGGCCGCAUUCUGAAGGGCGACGUCCUGAGCUUCCUGAAGUCUGGCAAGGCUGUUAUCAACAAGGACGCCGUAUCACACACUGCCCCUGCUGCUGCCCCUGCCACCGCGGCUGCCGCUCCAGCCAAGAAGGCUAGUCCAGCUCCUUCGGCCGAUGCCGAGACUGCGUUCCUGGUGAGGUCCUUGGAAUCUUCGGUCCUGCGCCAUCUGGCGGAGCUCGAGCUCGCCAAGAAGACCACCUCUGUGCAGAUCCCGGCUGAGAAACUGGCCAAGCUUACAAAGGCUAACAAGUCGCUGAGCGAGUCCGUGUUCGCGCUGCGUGCUGCUGCGCUCGCCCUGCACCAGGUACCUCUGGGCAAGACCAGCACCGUUGGCGUUGCUGUUGAUGGCUCCAAGGCGCCGACUGUUGUCGAGAUUGCUAAUGCGGCGACGCUCAGCGUGCUUGAUCUGGCUGCUGCGAUCAAGGAGGCGGCCAAGUCUGGUAAGGCUGCGGAGCAGACCCCCGCAGUCAUCCUAGCUACUGAGGGCCAGUACACACCCCAGACGCUGCCGGCCGGAGCCACAGUUCUGGUUGUCGGCAAGCCGUAUGCCGCUGUGUCGACCGCCGACGCUGGCGCCGUGCUUGAUAGCGCCUUGAACGAGCUGAUUAGCGGAUCUGCCAGCGCUGGCAAGGCGGCCAAGCCAACAGCACUGAUUAAUGUCAGCAUCAUUGGCGACUCGCCUGCCGCUGGUGCGUUCGCCGGCAAGAUCAAGGGAUUCCUUAGCAACCCGGAGCUGCUCACCUUCUAGACG